AUGGACACCGCAACCAAAGAAGCCCUGGUGCAGACAAUAUGGGGGGUCGAUUUGACCGCCGAUAUUGAUAAGAAGCUCGCCGCAUACUUCCGGUAUUGUGACGAUGAGGAGGUUGAUGUGACAGACGAAGCCUUGUUCUUCGUUGUGCUGCUCAAGAGUAAACCCGAGGCCUCUAAAAUGUCUUUGAAGGCUAUGGUCGGAAACAUGCACCAGGCCUGGUCGUCGAGGAGGUCGAUGCCCUCUGAAUUCUCUGGCAAGGACAAGAACCAGCACCACCACGCUCUGGAGAGAUCCAAGCAAAUCUUGACCCUCCCUACAUUCAAAGUAGAGGAUAUUGCCAUCACAAGGGCAGUGCGCAUCAUGCUCGGAAUUGACGUCGCGGCAAAUUCGUCGGAGAUCAUCGGGAAUUCCAUGAUAAUUUGGGACGACGCGAAGUCGUUGCAAGACAUAGUGGAACAGAGCCUCCCCGGCUUUCGUCACCCCACGUUACCCGGGAGAAGCCUUUCUUCCCAAACGACCUCAGCAGUGAUGCCAUUCAAUAAGAAGAAGUUGCGGGCGAGACAUUUGAGGAACUACGCCAAGAUCGAGGUGGUAUGGACGAAACAUCUACCGGACCAUCUUGAGUUGGAUGGAAAGGUAUUGCGCGUCUUUCAACUUGCGUCGCUCUUGGAGAUGUCAAUCAAUGUCGUGGACAAAUCCAAGACAGAAUUAGCAGAUUGCUUGCAGCAAGGAUGCCUUCCCUACGACUUUCUCGCGGAGACAUUAAUGACUCUCACGCUUAUCUUCCCACAAGGCAAGGAUAAAGGAUGGUUGAAGUCACAGAUCAAACCGCACUUCUGUUGGUCUGGAUGGGCCUGGCUCAAGACAGCUGAAUUGGAUCCACGCCUUGCCGCGCCAUUCGAUGCUAUCAUUGAUGCUGACGUGGGCAGGCCUCUUACCAAUACCAGGGAGCUUCAUGAGCUUUACCCGCACUGGGCGAGACGAUUGCAAGCGCUCUACGAGGAAGCUGAUGAGCCCACUCCAAGAUCGGCAUUGGAGAAACUGGCCGAAGGGAAACGGGCCACCUGGCGAACAUACUGGAUUGCCGUCAUCGCGCUUGGCCUUGCUGCUGUUUUCGGUGCACUGUCCGUCGUUCUGGGAGCUUUACAGCUCUGGGUAGCAUGGUUACGAGACGGUGCCCCUCGCCGUGCAACCGCCAAGCCGACCAUGUCCAACAAGAUCACGGGCAAGAACCUGCACUACGACCAGACCCUGCCGCCGUUCCUCGCGCGCCUCAAGGGCCAGCACGCCGCGGACGCCGACUCGCCGGACCCGAUCCUGGCCUCGCGCCGCCGCCAGGCCAAGCCGCGGUCCGCCAGCGAGGACGCCGAGGACGCGCCCCUCAUCGUCGACGACGACGGCAAUGUCGUAGCGGGCGUCGAGGUCGCCGCCGACGGCACCGUCACCGCCAACCCGGAGGAGGCGGGCGCAGGGGGGGAAGAUGGCGACAGCAAGGGGGCUGACGGGGGCAAGGACGCCGGUGUAACGGGGAAGGAGGGUGCCAGUGCUGGGCGGGAGGACAAGGUCGCCACCAUUGGGGGCUCCAAGAAGAGGAAGGUGGGAAAGGUGGUCGGCGCUGAUGUCGACGACGACGAGGAGCAUGGGAACCAUGGCCCCGCCAAGGAAGAGAAGGCCAGCGCAAAGGGACAAGACAAGAAAGCUGCUGCAGAUGACAAGACCAAGGCCCCAGCCAAGGCCAAGAAGAAGGCAAAGAAGAUCAAGCUGAGCUUCGGGGACGACGACGGCGACUGA